CAGACAAAAAUCAGCACAGUUCAGUUCAAUUCACCCAGGAGAACACCAGUUUUGCCUAAUCAGAAAACAAUGAAAUUCUUUAUUUUGUUCGCCCUGGUUGCGUUGGCCAUCGCUCAGGAUAGUUAUCCUACCAAGUACGACAACAUCGACGUAGAUGAAAUCCUCAACUCGGAUCGUCUCUUCAAGAAUUACUUCAACUGCCUGAUGGAAGCCGGACCAUGCACCCCGGAAGGAAACGAGCUGAAGAAGUACCUGCCGGAUGCGAUUGCAACCGGAUGUGCUAAGUGCAAUGAGAAGCAACGUGAGGUCACGGCCAAGGUGGCCGAGUUCCUGAUCGAGCAGCGUCCCAACGAGUGGAAUUCUCUGCGAGGAAAGUACGAUCCUGAUAACACUUUUGCCGAAAAGUACAAGGAUGAGGCUGCCAUGUUCGGAAUCAAACUGUAAACACGUACGAAAGCAAUAUGUAGGUUCGUGUCGAGUUUUGUGUAUUGUCGACCAAAAUUUUUGGCUCCAAUGGUUUCGAAUAAAAUGAAUGCAUAAUGUAUAUUGACACU